UUACUUGUACACUCAUUUAUUUUAGAUGCAAGAAAACGCUUGUUGAAACAUGCCUCGGCAUAAACAAGUCAGUUCUCUGAAAUCUGUUUCAUUAGGUUGAAUGGUUGCAGAACCAUUUGUUUUCCCACACUGCCUGGUAUCAGUUCCAGGAUCUAGUUGAUAUUCUUAUAUCUUGGCUCAGUAAGGCAGUUUUGCAUUCUAAAGCAAUAUUCCGCAGAUCAAACUCUCCACCAGAGAGCUUUCAUCAAAUACAUACUUUAGUUCGGUUUGUUCAGCUGAUAAUUCACCCUGGAGUUAAGUCCUUAGAUCUAUCUAUUCUUCCAAAGAUGCUUCGUGAUGCUUUGUAUAAGAAACUGGACAGAUUGACAGGAUUAGAACAUCUCAGGUACUAGGUCUAAAAAAAUGAG